UGCAUCCACUUUGGCAAAGUCCAAUUACAAUUCCUGGGGGCACCCGACAGUCUCCUAUCAAUAUCCAGUGGAGAGACAGCAUUUAUGACCCCUUUCUGAAGCCUCUGAAAAUCAGCUACGACCCAACGACGUGUCUUCACAUCUGGAACAAUGGAUAUUCGUUCCUGGUUGAGUUUGAUGAUUCUACUGAUAGAUCAAUAAUCGUUGGAGGUCCCUUGGAAAACCAAUACAGGCUAAAGCAGUUCCACUUCCACUGGGGAGCUAUAAAUGAGUGGGGUUCAGAGCACACGGUCAACAGUAAAUUUUACCCAGCAGAGUUGCAUUUAGUACACUGGAAUGCCGUUGAGUACCCAACUUUUGAAGAAGCUGUAAUGGAAGGUAACGGCUUGGCUGUUAUUGGAGUGUUUUUAAAGCUAGGAGCACAGCACGAAGGGCUGCAGACCCUGGUGGAUGCCUUGCCAGCGGUUAAACACAAGGACACUGUUAUCGAGUUUGAUGUCUUUGAUCCCUCCUGUUUGAUACCUUCGUGCCCUGAUUAUUGGACCUACGCGGGCUCUUUGACUACUCCUCCACUUACCGAAUCGGUCACGUGGAUUAUUAAGAAGAAGCCAAUAGAGGUGGAUGAGAAUCAGCUGGAGGCAUUUCGGAUGCUGCUCUUCACUUCAGAUGGUGAAGAAGAGAAGAGAAUGGUGGACAACUUUCGUCCUCUUCAGCCAUUAAUGAACCGAACCGUCCGCUCAUCCUUCCAAAGCAGACAUCUCUUGGAUGCUGAAGUACAGCCCCAGGACCACGCUGAGCAGGUCAGGCCAUAG